AUGACAAUUUUUUCUCCAGAAGCCGACUCAGUGGUGAUUAGAGAGCACUUCUAUUACGACACUGGUUUAGACUCUCUUGUCGUUAUUCAUAAUGACGAAGGGAAAUUUAUACCUGUCGAGGAAAAAGGCCUUGGUAUUUUCGACUAUCUCUUUGCUUCAACAACCGGCGAAUAUCCAGCAGAUCAACAGCCAAAAUCUGAAGUCGCCGAAAUACCAAUGAAUAUAGUGAUCAUUUUGGCUUCCGUUGCAUUUUCGUUAGUCGUUUGCUUUGUGCUCUUGAGACUCUUCAAUCGUUUUACAAAUGAAAUUAUCGCAAAAUCCAACCCACGAAGCUAUGUGUUUAGCCCCGGGACUCACAGCCAGAAUCACCCAUAUCGUCACAAGCUUAGAAAGAUCAGAAUGGCAUCCAAGAAAAUUCUUAGCAGAAAUCGUUCCAGGUCAAUGGCCUCAUCCAGAAGAGCAAUGGAAGCGGUUUCUCCAGUCUUUGCUAAUGAAGAUGUUAUCCCGUAUUCUUUCCAAACAUUACCAAAUACAUCUUCAGUUCUCAAAAAAUUACCAUCUCUUCAUACAAAGCUCAAUGUCAAAAAAUACACAAGAGCUUCUUCCAUCAAUAACCCAGUCUCGGCUACAGAGUUCAAUCCUACUUUUCAUCUCCUUUUACAUGCUCAAGGUCAAGUUUCCGAUAAUCCAUUCUGCUUAAGUUAUAACGAUCAACUUCACAAAUCUACAGAAUCAUCCAUUUCUGAUGGCCUGAGUGUUGAUAGCGUGUUCUCGCCAUUCAGACACCAAAACAACUCAGACGAUGCGCUAGACAACUCUCCGGUAUUUGAAAAUGAUCCAAUGAUUAUAAAGAUGUACCAAUCCCAACCAAUACAGAAUUGA